AGGUUAAAAUAUGUUGUUUUCUGUAUCAUCUUUAUUAAGAAGCAUCUUAAUAUUAAAUAUUUUAGCCCAUGCAAGUGCUAGCUCACAAAGCAAAAGUAUGAUGGAUGGGUUGAGAAGCCUACUCUCUGUUGUGCACUGGAGAAGUAUUCCACCGUGGAGUUUAAUCAACAGAAAUAGAAACCCCAAAUCUUUUGAUCUUCCCAUUAGCCGGAGUUUUAAUGGAUUCCAGCUUGAAGAUGUUAAACAUAAUGGCAAUAGGUCAAACUACAAUAGCAGUCCACAUGAAGAAAGUAACAGGUCAAAUUACAAUAAUAACCAGCAAGUAGAAAGUAAUUGGCAAAACUACAAUAACAGUCCACAUGAAGGAAGUAAUAAGCCAGACUACAAUAAUAACCAGCAUGAAGGAAGGCCAAACUACAGUAAUAGACCACAUGAAGGAAUUAAUAAGCCAAACUACAAUAAUAACCAACAUGAAGGAAGUAAUAGGCCAAACUACAAUAACAGUCAGCAAGUAAAAAGUAAUUGGCCAAACUUCAAUAAUAACCAGCAUGAGGGAAGUAAUAGGCCAAACUUCAAUAAUAACCAACAUGAAGAAAGUAAUAGGCCUAACUUCAAUAAUAGACCACAUGAAGGAAGUAAUAGACCAAACUACAAUAAUAACCAGCAUGAGGGAAGUAAUAGGCCAAACUUCAAUAAUAACCAACAUGAAGAAAGUAAUAGGCCUAACUUCAAUAAUAGACCACAUGAAGGAAGUAAUAGACCAAACUACAAUAAUAACCAGCAUGAGGGAAGUAAUAGACCAAACUACAAUAAUACACCACAUGAAGGAAGUAAUAGACCAAACUACAAUAACAACCAGCAUGAGGGAAGUAAUAGACCAAACUACAAUAAUAGACCACAUGAAGGAAGUAAUAGACCAAACUACAAUAAUGACGUAGAUAAUAAACCAUGCUACUCUGAACCCUGUUGUAACUGUAAUGGAGAAGCAUGGUUACCUUUAUCAACAACAUCAAGACCAGCAAUAGGUUCUUCGACCAGGUCUACAUCAGCUCCUUCUACCAUAUCAUCAUUAUCAUCAACUCCUUUUACAGGUUCAAUGACAACUGCUUCUAUGAAUACAACAUUAUCAACUCCUUCCACAGAAUCAACUACAUCUUCUCCAACUGCUGCAGAUCAAUGCCAGUAUGAAAUCACAGCAAAGCAGUUCACUAUCUCAGCCCCAACGAAUGCCUUGUGUGAAUACCUAAUACUUCCAGGAUCUGGAGUAUGUGAAGUUGAACUAGAGAUUGAAUUUAUCCCAAAAAACCGUGCUGACUGCUGGCAGGAGUUGGUGGAUAUAGAAAACUAUUUAUUCUGUGGCGAAGAACCGAAAACAAAACUGAGUUUAAGCCUACCCCUGGAUAAGUAUUGGAAUAUCAAGUACUCAAGAGAAUCUGGUUUUCAAGGGUUCAGAAAUAUUCAAGGAACUCAGAUACUUUGCGCAGACGCAGGGUACACUGAAGAUCCAGAUUUUAGAACAUUGCGACCAACAACCAUUGACACAACAACAGAGUUCUUAACUUCAACAACUACCACAACUUCAACUACUGGUACUUUAACAACCACAACAACACCUACUAGUACUUUAACUAUCACAACUGGAGUUUCAAGUACAACUUCUACUUCUGAUGAUUAUUUGUAUGACUAUGAAAAUGUUCCUACGCCUGCAAGAUUUUAACUGUUUUUGUAAAAAGAAAUAUUGAACACUUUUAGAUUUCGAAUCAUAUAUUACGGAUAAACUUACAAUUUCAACAAUAAAUGUUACAGAAGAUGUUUUCUAAAAAUAAAUUUUGAUCGGUGUAUCUGUCCAUAAG